AGAGAGCGGUAGAAGAGCCAUGGAUACCAAGUUGGAGGCUCGUGGCCAGUUUCCGGCCUCGUUCCCCGACACGUUUAAGAACUUCUUUGCAAUGAUGAACGAGGACGAGGAUCAUGUGGGGCUGUUUGCCAAUCUGCUGGAGGAUAAGGUGAUUCCGCGCCAAAACAGCCCCGUUCAGCCGCAGCGGCAGAGGUACGGCGGCAGCAUGCGGAGUCACAGUGGCGGCGAUCGCAACGAUCGAAGGGGUCGCGCCGAACGGCAGUAUCAGCAGCAUCAGCAGCAGAUCCAGCAACAGCAGCAGCAACAACAGCAGCAGAAUGCCCAGCAGCAGCGAGCCUUUCAGCCGCGCGGUCGCAGUGGCAGUGGCAGCAGCAUCGACCUUUAUGCCAGCCGAAAUGUAGGUUUCGUCAACACCGCCACCACCAGCCGGGUCAAUUCGUUGCGCAGGAAUCGCUCGCGAGGAUCGCUGACCCUGAGCAGCAAUGGGCUAAAUGCUUUGGGCCUGGGACCCGUCACCCUGGCACCGAAUGUCAGUUCGAGCAGCAGCGGCAGUGUCCUCGACUUGACCCUGCCACCCGGCAAUGCAGCAGGAGGAUCCUUAGGAGCAGGAGGAUCAGGAGGAUCUGUAGUUGCAGGAGGAAGUGGGCCGAAUAUGUAUGCAUCCCCCUCGAAAUCGAACCUCAAGUCGGCCUUGAAGUCAACCAGUGCCACUGUGGAUCGCGGAUGUGCCAUCUUGCUUGGCAGCGACAUCAAGAUCUGUUGUCUGCACGAUGAACACACCAUAAAUGGCCGCCAGCACCUUCAGCAGCAGCUCCAGCAGCAACAGAUGAGCUCUGGCCAGAAGAAGCACGUGACCCUGGCCUGUUGCGAGUGCGUUUGCGGCAAUGGCCAAGCUUCACGUUCCGGACCCGAUGGCGAGGACAACGGUGGGGUUAACUAUAUGCGAGGAUACGUCGCAGGAUACCAGUUGCCGCAAACUCCCAAGGGCAAGCCCAUCGACAAGUCGAGCACCUUUACAUCCGCCGAGGUGGCGGCCUCGAAGAACAAGGAUCUGCAGGAGCGCCAGGAGCGGCAGGAGAAGCGUGGAUCGGUCAUUCUCGAGAGGGCCUUUGAUUUCGACGCCAGCUGCGACGAGAGUGACAGCAUAAGCAGCAGCACCCAGCAUCCGGUGCCCUCGCCGGCUCCCCACCAGCCGGCCUACAAUGUCCUCAAGCCGAUCUUGAAGCAGCCGCAUCAGCAGCAGCAACAGAAGGUGAUGUUGCAGCAGCAACAUCAACAGUUAAAUCCACAGCAGUAUCAACAGGUGACCCAUUCCCAUCAGCAACACCAGGGGAUUGCGCACCAGCAGCAUCAAGUGGUGACCCAUCAGCAACAUCACCAGCAGCAGCAGCAUCUACAGGUUGGCCACCAGCAGGUGAUCCAUCAGCAGCACCAACUGUCCACCCAUCCGACGCACCCACAGCCCAUGCAGGUGCACCCACAGUCGCAGCAUCCACCCCCUGGCGGUCAUGUGGUGCACCGCCUGCUGCCCACACCGCCCACACACAGUGGCUUGGGUGCCUACCACACCCGUGAGGCGGCCUUGCAACGGGUGCAGCAGCAGAGCGGCUACUACAACCAAGGGCCCAGCACCUCGGCAUCGGCCUACGGCUACAACCAGUCCAUGGAGCAUCAGCAGAUACAGAUGCAAAUGCAGAUGCAGCAGCAGUUGCAGUACGAUCAGCACCAGGAACUGCAGUUCGAGCAACAUCAUCAACAUCUGCAACAUCAGGUACAUCAGCAGCAGCAUCAGCAUCAGCAGUACGCCGACGAUACCGAGUUGGAUUACGAUACCGAGUGGGAAUUGGACGAGGAACCUGCUCCUCAGGUUGUCCCGCCACUCACCACCUUCAAUGAUUUUGUCAACGCGGCCCAGAAUCCAACUGGCAGUCGUCAGAGUCUGAGGGCCCAGAAGUCCCCGAUUUUGAACAGACGUCGCGCCUCAUCGAUAGCCGGAAAUUUAUUGCACUCGGAUUAUACGUACACACGGAACAGUAUCGGCGGAGCUCCGAUCGACCCCAACGAUUUUCAACGGAUUUCCCACAGCAGCAGCGCCAGGGAUCGCAUGUCCCUGGCCGGAGUUUUGACCUUUCAGCAGGCCAUGUCCGGAGCGGUCUCACCACAAUAUGGCACCGUGGGCUCAAUGAAUCCCCAGGCUUCCGGUUCCGGUGAGAAGAAACCCGGAAUGGUGGGAGCCGAGGCCAUGGGUGGUGGUGGUCUACCCGGCGGAUCGGCGCAUAAUCUAAAUUUGACCGUGGGCUUGGGGUUUCUCGGUGGAUCAAGCACCACCUUAGCUGCUGUCGCCGAGGUGACUAGUGGACCGGAUGGCAAUGGCGACUCCACCGACUCCCCAUCGCCGGUCUCCAUGAUCCCGACCAGCAAGCAGCAGCAGCAACAGCAGAAGCAGCAGCAGCUCCUGCAGUUGCAGUUGCAGCAGGAGCAGCAGCUUUUGCCCACCCACUUGCCAAUGCAGCGGGAACGAGGCGUGGGCGAAUCCUCGGGAGCCAGCACUUCAGGCACCGUCAUCGCCGAUCUGGCCGCCUCCGUGGUCUUGGCCUCCCAGUCCGGAAAACCCAUGACCGAGCGACAGCGCUUGAGGACCUCCAGCAUGCCGGCAGAAAGUCGCAGGCCCCGCCUGGCGGAGAUGCGACGCUCGGCCAUCCAUGCCGGUGAUCCGGACAUGACUUACUACCGUCUGCGUAGCUUCAGCAUCACUUCGCAUGGCAUCUGCAACCUGGGCGAUUCCCUAAGAAGCCGCAGGUCACGUUCGAUCAAUUCCGUGACUUCCACGGGCACUUCAAACAGCGGCGUGGAUCGACACAAUAGCAACGCAUCGGGGGCAUCGGGCGAAGUCAUCGACGGGGAUCCCAAUGUGCCCGCCUACAAAAUUGCCAUGCUCGGCGGCUCCGGAGUGGGCAAAACCACACUGACUUACCAAUUCACCACUUCCGAUUACAUUUGCGCAUACGACCUGAGUCUCGAUGAUGAUUAUGGACAGAAGACGGUAUCGGUGCUAGUCGAUAACAUUGAAACGGAUUUGGAAAUUAUUGAUCAUCCCGCAUGCGAGAUGUCGACGGAGGCCUUCUGCGCCACCUACAACAUCGACCUCUUCGUGGUGGUCUACUCGGUGAUAGAUCGCAACACUUUCGCGGCGGCCGAGCGGGUCCUGCAGUAUCUCAAGGAGAACGAGAUGCUCUUGUCCCGCGGAGCCAUUUUGGUGGCCAACAAAACGGAUUUGCAGCGCCAUCGCGUCGUUACGCGUCAAAUGGGCCGCAAGGUGGCCAAAGAUAUAGCUUGCAAAUUUAUCGAGACUUCAUCUGGUUUGGACCACAAUGUGGACGAGCUGCUGGUCGGCAUUGUGGCCCAGGUGAAGCUCAAUCCGCAGCGGCUGCGAUUGCUAACGGAGCUGGAGCUGCAGCGGCUGAACUUGCAGAGUACGAUCCAGAAGCACCGCGGCAUGCACUUGCAGACGCGGCGAAUGGUCCGCCAGAUGAGCGUCUGCCAGGGCGACGAGGAGAUCUUCGAUGGCGGAUUGCAGGAGAGAUUGCCGAACGGCGACGCCAACGGCGGCGAUCCGGACGGAGUGCCUAGCACGUCGAGGGCGAGCCGGUCGCGGAUCGAGAAUCCCAACCGCAAGCCCCUCAAUCUGGAGAGCAUUCUGAAGAUGGGCGAGAGCGAGGUGGACGAGGAGGAGGAGGCGGGGGCGGGACGGGCGGUCAAGCCGACGCCCCUCAGCAAAUUCAAUAUGCUCGCGGCCACUAUACGGCAUCGGCGUCCGUUUCGCAAGCGUCGCUCGUUCGACGGCGGCGUUUCCACAUCUGCCGCAGCGGAUGCGGCCGCCGAGCUGCAGCGGCGCUAUCAGCUCCGGGCGAUGGAUGAUUUGCAGCUGGAGGGACGAUUGGCGGCGGAGGAGCGAUUCGGUCUGGCUGACAGCGAUGAUGAGUUGGAGCUGGAGGUGGACGGAGGUGCCGAGGACGGAGCAGGAGGAGGAUCAGGAGGAGGAGGAGUCGAUGGUGGACGAAGGAAUACCUGCAACCGCAAGGUGGUCAAGAAACUGACCGCCCGCACCAAGGUAUUCAUCUCGUCGGUGCUGCGCUUCAAGAAGGCCAUCAGCCUCAAGCGGCGCAACUCCUCCAGCUGCAGCGAUCUAUUCGUGAUUUAAGCAGCUCGAGGAGCUGAGAUAGUAUAGGAAGUAGGAAGUAUAGACUGAAUGUACAUAGAAGGAAUAUAGAAGGAGGAGUAUUAUCGAGAAGUAGCAGGAACACGGGAACAGGAGCAGUAGCAGGAGCAGGAGAUCCAGGGAUCCAGAGACCAAGAGAGCAGGCACAACGAAAAAGCAGCGCAAACCGCGGUGGAGUCGAACACGGAAGUGCAGGGAGUGCA